GGAAGGAAGAAAUCGGAUAGAUUAGAAUUAGGGAAAUUAGAUUAGAAUUGGAGACACGCUCACUAACAACUCCCACCGCCGCUGCAAAAAUUCACAACGCCCCAAUAUCUAUCAUCUAUCACUAAUCUAAAAUUCUCGAUAACUCCGAGUUAAGUUUGGUUUGGUUUUAUCCCAUGAGUGAGUGACGUAUAGUUUAGUAUAGCUUUGUUGUUACCCCCAUCCAUCGACCAUCGCUUUCUCUCUCUGAAAUAUCUAUAUAUACCUUACCUACCUAUCUCGCCGCAUUCACUCCUCUCCUGGGUUUAAGAACCAGCACCAGCACCAGCACCACGACAAGCAUAGCAUUGCAUACCAAUUAGCAGAUACGAACGGAUUCGGAGGGAGAGCAGAGAGUAGAUCGGAAUUUCAUUUUAUGAUGGAAGCUCUAAGUUUGAUUACUUCUAUCCCUAAUCUCCCCUUGUUCUUCGCAGCUUUUCUCCUCGUUUACCUCAUUGCCUACUUCAUCAUCUUCCGCAAUUGGAAACCUAUGCUCCGCCCCGAAGCUGCCAGUUGUGCCAUCUCCUUUUCCCACGGUACUCCCGCCGUCUUCUUAGCCGCCGCCGCCAUCCUCUCCGACCCCGAUCGGAGCUUUCACUCCCGUAACACCCCCUUCCAGGGCUUGGUCCUCGAUUUCAGCGUCGCCUACUUCUUAAUGGACCUUUGCCACUACCUGAUUUUCUAUCCCUCCGACCUUCUCUUCAUCGGCCACCAUUUGGCCACUUUGUUCGUUUUCCUCACCUGCCGAUACGUUGUCUGCCAUGGCGCAUACGCCAUUCUAGUGCUCUUAGUCCUCGCCGAGGUCACCAGUUUCUGCCAGAACACCUGGACUCUUGCCGCUGCUCGAAAAUCGGAUUCCCAAUUCGCCGCCAAACUGUAUGAAUUCCUGUCCCCUCCGUUUUAUGCUUUGUAUUCUGUUGUUAGAGGUUUUGCUGGACCCCUGUUUAUGUAUCAAAUGUUCGUGUCUUUUUUGAGCGGAGCAGCCGAUACUGUGAUCCCCAGAUGGAUGUGGAUUUCAUGGAUUGUUGUUAUUCUAACCGCAAUUUCUGUCAGCAUCCUCUGGGUUUUUAACCUUUGGGUCGACUUGUAUAGACAAAAAACUCUAAAGUCUGGGGACAAAAAAUCUAGAUAGAUAGAGUUAGUUUUAAGGAAUAUCUAAGACCUCCACCUCUGAGCUUAAUGAUUGAUUGUAAUUUGUAUUUUUACAGACAGACAAAUCAAUGCAGGUCUAUUUAUACUA